AUGGGUACAAUCAGAAAGGAUAAUUGGGAUGAUGAAUACUCUGUCAUUGGGGACAAGGGCGAGAUUGGGUUCAUCGAUUUUGAGGAUGACAAAUCUGUCUGUAACUAUGAUCCUGCCGUUGAAGGACCGAUUGUUAUAUCUGUCCCAUUUCCUUUUGUGCAAGGGAAGCCUCAGUCCAUUCUUGUUGGUGAAACUUCAAAAUGUGCAAUUACGAUAGCAAACACCACUGGAGAUCCUAUGGAACUUUGGGGAGUUAGGAUAUACUGCUCAAAUCCUGCUGACUCGUUUACUUUGUCUUUGAAAGAACCUCCACCUGCCAAUUCAAAUGCAGAAACAUUCUAUGGCUUCUUGGAGGGAUAUUCCCUCGAGGACAGAGUACUUCAGCCGCAUGAUACACUUACCAUUUGGUUAUCUUGCAAACCAAAGGAAUUGGGAUUGCACACAUCUGUGGUAUAUUUUGAUGCAGGUGAUGAUAGGAUUGAACGCCUUGUUUUUCUUUUGGCUGAAGACAAUGUCUCCUGUUCUCUGGCUCCCAACAGAACAUAUUCAAGAACACCAAGAAGAAAACAAUAUGCAGUUGAUGAGUAUGUGGUUUCCUCUCGUCCUGCCAGGGCAACAACUCGAGAAUUUAAGUAUAAACUUCCUGAGUUUCCAAUCCCAUGGGAUCUCAGAGAGUUAUUGCAGAAUAAGCAAGUCCCUGAUGUUAUUGUGGAAGAUUUGAGUAUGGAGAGUUAUGCUGCAUUCUUCAGUACAUUGCUUGUAAUGGAAGAGCUACAUUUAGAGAAAGAAAUGGGGCGCCAUAACAUGGAGUGCGUUAACAUUAGAAGGAAAGGGUCUCAGUUUUUUGCUCUCGAGGUCCCCGGGCUGGCUGAACGAAGGCCUUCGCUUGUACAUGGCGAUCAUGUUUUUGUGAAGCUUGAAAAUGCACCUGACAGCAAUGUAUAUCGGGGAUACAUUUACCGAGUUGAGGCUGAUGAAGUGCUUUUGAAAUUUGCCAAUGAUCUUCAUUUCCGUCAUCAGAAUGGAAACUUAUAUAAUGUUCGAUUUACUUAUAAUAGGGUGAAUAAGAGGAGGUUGUAUCAAGCUGUACAAGCAGCAGAGAGCUUAGAGCCUGAUCUUCUAUUUCCAUCUGAAUCAACCAAAAGGAGACUGAUUAAGAAAUCUGGAUUUGUGCCUUUUACUAAUACUCUCAAUGAGGAGCAGAUACGUUCUGUUGAGAUGAUCCUUGGCUGUGAAGGUGCUCCUCCCUAUAUGAUUUAUGGGCCUCCAGGCACCGGUAAAACAAUGACCUUGGUGGAAGCAAUGCUGCAAAUAUGUGUGACAAGAAAGAAUGGUAGCAUUCUUGUGUGUGCUGCUUCAAACAGUGCUGCAGAUCACAUACUAGAAAAACUCAUUAGCAAUGAGGUUGCUAAAGUUAAAGAGAAUGAGAUCUUCAGGUUAAAUGCAACUAGCCGUCCUUAUGAAGAUGUUCACCCAGAUCAUAUUGGCUUUUGCUAUUUUGAUGAAUCCAUUUUCAAAUGUCCUCCACUCGGGGCCUUGGUACGUUACAGGAUCAUCAUUUGUACGUAUAUGAGUUCAUCGCUACUAUACGCAGAGGGUGUUGAUAGUGGCCAUUUCUCUCAUAUUUUCUUAGAUGAAUCUGGCCAGGCUUCAGAACCAGAAAGCAUGGUUCCUAUAGCUAACUUUUGCAGCAGGAAAACUGUUGUUGUUCUAGCAGGCGACCCACAGCAACUAGGUCCUGUCGUAUAUUCAAAAGAUGCUGAGGCUUUUGGUUUGGGAAAAUCUUAUCUUGAAAGGCUGUUUGAAUGUGAAUCUUACCGAAAUGAAGAUGAAGGUUUUGUAAUGAAAUUAGUGAGGAAUUACCGAUGUCAUGCUGCAAUUUUAGACCUCCCAUCAAAGUUUUUCUACAAAGGGGAGUUGCUUGCAUGUAAAGAAGAUACCUCUUCUUCCAUAAUUUCUGGUGUGGAUUUUCUUCCUAAUAAAGAAUUUCCUGUUUUUUUCUUUGGAAUUCAAGGCAUCGAUGAGAGAGAAGGAAACAAUCCUUCAUGGUUUAACAGAAUUGAGGCCAGCAAGGUUGUUGAAAUUAUCAACAAGCUCAGAGCAAGUGCAGAUAUAGAUGAGACAGAUAUAGGAGUAAUAACUCCUUAUCGGCAGCAGGUCCUUAAGAUAAAAAAGGUACUUGAAAAUUGGGAAAUGUCAGAUGUUAAGGUUGGGAGUGUUGAACAGUUUCAGGGACAAGAGAGAGAGGUAAUUAUCGUAUCUACCGUAAGGUCAACUAUAAAGCACAAUGACUUUGACAGAACUUAUUGUCUGGGGUUUCUUAGUAAUCCAAAGAGAUUUAAUGUUGCAAUUACCCGUGCCAGAUCCUUGCUUGUCAUUGUUGGGAAUCCACACAUAGUCAGUAAGGACCCUUACUGGGAAAAGCUUUUGUGGUUUUGUGCUGACAAUGACUCCUACAAGGGCUGCCCUCUACCUGAAAGGCAAUCCUCUGCAUGUGAAGAGCCUCCUAUCCCAGAAAGAAAUUCAACUAGUGAACUAGAGGAUUCCCGCCAUUCCAAAGUCAGGGAAUGGGUUGCAUCACUUUAA